AGCAAUAGUAGAUGGUUUGCGCAAUUACCAGAAUGUCCUCGCCUUAAAUUUAGAGUUUAGCCUAUAGCUAAGGACAAUAUAAAACAAAGAUGAGGCAGUCGUUGAAGUCCAAUUUGGUAAUAACACACACUGUUUCGCGCCAACACAACUCAUUCUUCCAUUACGAUUCCAAUGCCAAAACCUACUUCAUCGAACAGCUCCAAACUUGCAAGAAUUUAAUCUCUGCAACCACCACCCAUUCCAACGUUGUCAAAAGUGGGUUAUCAAAUGACACUUUUACCACUAACCACCUUAUCAACUGUUACAUCAGGUUCCUCAAAAUUAACCAUGCACAUAAACUGUUCGACGAAAUGCCUCAGCGUAAUGUUGUGUCUUGGACUUCCCUUAUGGCUGGUUAUGUCACCUGUGGUCGACCCAAUACCGCCCUUUGGCUCUUCCAUCAGAUGCAGGGGACAUUGGUUCUUCCAAAUGAAUUCACAUUUGCCACUCUCAUCAAUGCAUGUUCUAUCCUUGCCAGCCUUGACAUGGGAAGAAGAAUUCAUGGUCGUGUUGAGGUUAUGGGCUUUGGGUCCAAUCGUGUUGUUUGUUCUUCCCUCAUUGACAUGUAUGGGAAAUGCAAUCAUGUUGAUGAAGCUCGGAUGGUUUUUGAUUCCAUGUGUGUAAGGAAUGUGGUUUCUUGGACCUCCAUGAUCACCACUUAUGCUCAAAAUGCACAAGGCCAUCAUGCCCUACAAUUGUUUAGGGAGUUCACUCACUUGAGGAUGGAGAAACCAAACCAUUUCAUGUUGUGCAGUGUGAUCAGUGCUUGUGCAAGCUUGGGCAGCCUAGGUUCUGGGAAGGUCACUCAUGGAAUGGUCAUCCGUCUUUGCCACGAUGCAAAUGAUGUAGUUGCUACAGCACUUGUGGACAUGUAUGCCAAAUGUGGUUGUGUUCACUAUUCUGAUAAAGUCUUCAGGAGAAUCCCAAAUCCUUCUGUAAUUCCCUAUACUUCAAUGAUUGUUGGUGCUGCAAAAUAUGGACUUGGAACUUUGUCUCUACAACUUUUUCAGGAAAUGAUUGACAGAAGAAUAAAACCCAAUGAUGUCACUUUUGUUGGAGUCUUACAUGCUUGCAGCCAUUCAGGGCUAAUAGACAAAGGACUUGAGCUCUUCAACUCCAUGAAUGGGAAAUACAGGGUGAUGCCUGAUUCAAAGCAUUAUACAUGCGUUGCAGAUAUGCUAGGUCGAGUAGGUCGUGUUGAGGAAGCCUACCAGUUAGCAAAAUCAGUUCAUGUAGAGCGGGAUGGGUACUCCAUAUUGUGGGGAACACUUCUUUCAGCGAGUAGGCUUCAUGGUAGAGUAGACAUCGCCUUCGAAGCCAGCAGGCGGCUAAUAGAGUCCAAUCAGCAAGUAGCAGGUGCAUAUGUAACAUUGUCCAAUGCAUAUGCAUUGGCAGGGGACUGGGAAAAUGCUCAUCAGUUAAGAUCUGAAAUGAAACAUACUGGAAUUUGCAAGGAACCUGGUAGCAGUUGGAUUGAGAUAAAGAACUCGACUUAUGUGUUCCAUGCUGGGGACGUCUCAAAGUGCUCUCAAGCGAAUGAGAUUCUGAGCUUGCUAAAGGAAUUGAAACAUAGAAUGAAGGAAAGGGGAUAUGUAGGACGAACUACAGGUUUGGUGUUUGUUGAUAUAGAAGAGGAAGCCAAAGAGGAAAUUGUUAGUUUGCACAGUGAGAAACUUGCAUUGGCGUUUGGAUUAAUAAAUAUGCCUAAAGGAGUCACAAUCAGAGUAAUGAAGAACUUGAGAAUGUGCAGGGAUUGUCAUGAGAGCUUCAAGCUGAUUAGUGAUAUUGUAGAGAGAGAUUUUGUUGUGAGAGACGUGAAUAGAUUUCAUCAUUUCAAAAAUGGUUUGUGUACAUGUGGAGAUUUUUGGUAACUAUUCAUUUUAGGCUAUUGGCCAUUGCA